GGCACACAGGGGAGUGCAGCUUAGGGUAGUAGGGUUCCGCCCCCGCCGCCGCCCUAUUGUGGCGGGCUACGGCGGCACGCCGGCCGGAAAUUGAGCCCCCCCCCCCCCCCCCCCCACCCCCCCACCCCGACGCUUCUUUUCCCUCCUGAACCGACCUGACGCGCCACCCGACGCCACGCGCGAGCACUCCCGGCCCGUCGCACCGCCCGCCGCCGGAGAUCUACCUGCGACCCCUGCAGUUCUCAUCGCCGGCGCUCCCCAGCUGUUCAACAUAAUGAAGUACCAAGCAACGGUCUCUGGCAAGCGGAGGCCGGUGCCUGUGGCAAGUGGAGGCAAUAAGAUCGACGCUCUGCCAGAUGAGGUCCUGCAGCACGUGCUGUCGUUCUUGCCAGCGGCGGAGGCCGUGCGGACCUGCGUGCUCGCCAGGCGCUGGCGCGGCCUCUGGAAGUCCAUGCCAAUCCUGCGCAUCACAAGCGAGGGGAGGACGCUGAACAGGCAGGGUGUCAGGAAGCUCAACAAGUUCGUGAACCACCUGCUGCUCCUCCGCGACCGCAGCGCGUCUCUGCACAUGUGUGAGAUACAACUCAGUACUUUCCGGAGCCAGGAUGUACCGGAGGUUAACUUAUGGAUCCGACAUGCUCUGUUGUGCCAAGCUCAGACCCUCACCGUCCACCUAAGCCAUGAUAACAAUAUCUUUGAGCUGGAGGACCUGCCCCUUGUCUCAUGUCACUUGACGAGGUUGGAUCUUUGUAAUGUGGUGCUAAAUGACCACAUUCUUAAUUUUUCGAGCUGCCCAGCACUCAAAGAGCUACGGAUAGAGGGUUGCUACACCCAUGCUGACAUGAUCAUGUCCCAGUCCCUAAAACAGCUGACCAUCCUUGACUGCAUAUUUUAUCUAACGACACGUGCUCGAAUUUCUGCCCCAGGCCUCGUUGCACUGGAAUUAACUGAGUUGUGGGGGAGAACUCCUUUGCUUGAAAGCAUGCCAUCAUUAGUAACAGGGUCAAUUAAACUUGCCGAUUGUGAUGAUUAUUGUCAUAAAGAAGAUGACGGUUCGUGUUUCAGUGAUAAUGAUACCUGUGAAAUUUGUGGUGCCAAUAAUGAUGGCAGCGGAGAUUGUGUGAUUCUCAAUGGUUUGUCAGAGGCUGAACACUUGGAGUUGACAGCUGAACCUUCUGUGUAUGUUUUCAAAAGAGAUUUGAUAUGGUGCCCAGCCUUUAGCAAGUUAAAGACCUUGUUAGUCGGUGAGUGGUGUAUGGAUGCCAAUCUUGGUGCGCUCAUGUGCCUUCUUCAGCAUACACCUGUGCUAGAGAAGCUUACCAUUCAGCUUAAUGAGUCACCGAGCAUUCUGACUGGAACUGAAGGAAUGUACAAGUUGACAGGACCAUCUAACACACCCAAGGUACUUGAAAUCAAGUGUGAGAAGAUGGAUGAGAGGGUUCACAAAAUAUUAAGGUUCUUGAGUACCAAUGACAUACAUAUUGACGAAAUCAAUAUCGAGCAUAGUGUUGGAUCUUGUGAAGGAACCGGGAGCUGGACCUUCUCAAGCCUGGACUCGGCGCGUCUUGCCCUUGAAGAACAAUCAGUUGAAGAGCAUGUUUGAGCAUGUUGCAGUCAGGCAGGAGCAGAUCCUAGAGCAGCAUCAGCAGAUCCCAUCGCAGCAGCAGCACAUCCAGGUUCAGCAGCAUCAGAUCAUAAGUGGGCAGCAGCAGCAGCACCUCGUGACUCAACUCUUGGCCAAUUUUUUGUAACAUUCAGCUUCCAGUUCUCAGAAGACUCUGCGGCCAGCUACUCCUAGUGCUGCAGGGUCAGCUCAUACAGAGUGUCUUGAGUGACUGAUGCUUUGGUCCUCCAUUUUCAAUACAUGUUAUCUAGUCUCUCUGCACAUAUCUGUUUAUCUUGUCGGACACCGUCGUACGACAUGCCAUACCAUGUUUUCUUAUAUAGAUAUAUAUGUUCACUUUUAUCUAUAAUUUUUGUUUUUAUAUACUAUAAUAUUAAUUGUCAGACAGUGUAUUUCAAGAAGGAGCUAUUUCCUUGAUACCA